CUCGCGGGACCCCGCCUCUCGCGACACCCUCUCCAAUCAGCGUUGGGCGGAGGCGGGACGCGCCCUGUGCCCUCCUCUCCUGUUCAGGCUGCUGGUACGAGCCGGGCUGGGCGCGAGCGAGGGACUGAGGCAGGACGGGUCGGGAGGCGCGGGGCCGCGUAGCCCGACGGCGGGGGCGGGCGCGGCGCGGGACCGGAGAGGGCGCCAGACCCCGAGCCGCGGCGGCGGGAGGCGGGAAGCGGGAGGCGGGAGGCGGGAGGCGGGAGGUGGGCGAGCAGGGUGCCGGCGACCUACGUCCGAGCGCGCGGAGCCCUGCGCCUGGCCGGGGUCGGUCCGAAGUCCGCGCUAUGAAAGAGGAGAAAUACUUGCCUGAGCUGAUGGCAGAAAAAGAUAGCCUGGAUCCAUCUUUUGUGCACGCCUCGCGCCUGCUAGCCGAAGAAAUUGAAAAAUUUCAAGGUUCUGAUGGAAAAAAGGAAGAUGAAGAAAAGAAAUAUCUUGAUGUCAUCAGCAACAAAAACAUAAAGCUCUCAGAAAGGGUAUUGAUUCCUGUCAAACAGUAUCCAAAGUUCAAUUUUGUGGGGAAAUUGCUUGGACCAAGAGGAAACUCCUUGAAGAGGCUACAGGAAGAAACAGGUGCUAAAAUGUCUAUCCUGGGCAAAGGAUCAAUGAGAGAUAAAGCAAAGGAAGAAGAACUAAGGAAGAGUGGGGAAGCCAAAUAUGCACACUUGAGUGAUGAACUUCAUGUAUUAAUUGAAGUGUUUGCUCCACCUGGGGAAGCUUAUUCACGUAUGAGUCAUGCAUUGGAAGAGAUUAAAAAAUUUCUGGUUCCCGACUACAAUGAUGAAAUUCGUCAGGAACAACUACGUGAAUUAUCUUACUUAAAUGGCUCAGAGGACUCUGGUCGUGGCAGAGGUAUUAAAGGCAGAGGGAUCAGAAUAGCUCCCACAACUCCUUCAAGGGGCCGUGGGGGUGCCAUUCCUCCUCCCCCACCACCUGGACGAGGCGUUCUCACCCCUAGAGGGACCACUGUGACCCGUGGUGCUCUUCCAGUGCCCCCUGUAGCAAGAGGCGUCCCUGCCCCGCGAGCACGGGCAUCACCCACUGUGCCAGGAUACAGGGCACCCCCUCCUCCAGCCCAUGAGGGGUAUGAAGAGUAUGGUUAUGAUGAUGGCUAUGGGGGUGAAUACGAUGACCAGACAUAUGAGACUUAUGACAAUAGCUAUGCCACCCAAGCACAAAGUGUGCCUGAGUACUAUGACUAUGGUCAUGGAGUAAGUGAGGAUGCCUAUGACAGCUACGGUACCCACAAGCAAAGAGCACAUAAUUGAAUAGCAGGUGUGAUGGGCUAAGAAUGAGAGAGGGGGCUGUCCUUGAAGGCAGAACACGUGUUCAUCUCUAAAUUCCAUGGAUCUACCACAGCACCUGACACAGAGCAAUAAAUAUGUUCUAAAUAAUGACUGAACAAAUGAACAAAUCACAUAAUCUGUAUUAGAGUGAAAAGGGUGACUCUCAUGUGGUGGUCACAGAGGACUUCCCAUGCCUGGCAUCUUUCGUUUCAUGAUGAUGGUACUGCUGUCUGUUCCUCUUUCUCCAUCUGAAGUUAAUUGAACUCUUACCCUAAGUAAAGACAUAAGGCUCAUAUGUAUUGUAUCAUAGGACCCAUAUGUAGACAUAAAGGAGUAAUGUGAAAAUAUUUCAAGUAAUUAGAAAUGCAGCUAGUUCCAUUAAAAACUCAAGAUGACACAAUAUUUUGGGCCAGUUUAAAGUACAUCCUAUAAUACUAUUAUAUUAAUUUGGUUUUACUUCUUUAGAAGAAAAAAAGAAAAAAUGGCAUUUUAGGUCACUUUGUAUAAGAUCUGAAUCUGAGUCACUUUUGAGAUAGUUUUCCAUUCUCAUUAAAUUCUCUUUUUGUGACUUCAGUGCUUUUGCUUUUCACUUUCAUUUAAGGGCACAAAGCUGGUUCAAGAAUGUAUGGAGUUGUUAGAUCAUUGCUUCCAUAUAUUUUUUUACUAAGAGACAUAUUCAUCAUUCACAAUUUGGCCUUUGGAAAAAAAAGACUAACUAGUAUUAGAAAUGUCUGUGACCUCACAGAACUUAAUGACCAAGGUAGAAUAAGCAUUCAUAAAUAUUUCAUAGAAAAAAUAGACUGUAUAAAAGAUCAUAGAGGGCUUCCCUGGUGGCACAGUGGUUGAGAGUCUGCCUGCCAGUGCAGGGACACGGGUUGUGCCCCGGUCUGGGAAGAUCCCACAUGCCGUGGAGUGGCUGGGCCCAUGAGCCAUGGCCACUGAGCCUGCACAUCUGGAGCCUGUGCUCCACAACAGGAGAGGUCACAACAGUGAGAGACCCGCGUACCACAAAAAAAAAAAGAUCGUAGAGGCCAAUCAAGUAAUAUAAAAUUACAUCCACAAAAGUUCUCUAGAUGUGGUGGUACAACAUCCUCUACUUCUUUAACUAUGAAACAAAAUUCAUGAAAGCUUUUCAGUAUAAAAGAGAAACAGCUGCAAUUUUUGGACAUUGAUUAUGAGAAGCACCCUGAUUUCAAAAUUUUAAAUUGAAUAAGUCUGUCUUUGAACGGUUUUUCAUUGCAGCACUAUUGACAAUAGCCAGGAGAUGAAAGCAACCUAAGUGUGCAUCGACAGAUGAAUGGAUAAAGAAGAUGUGGCACAUAUAUACAAUGGAACUCAGCCAUAAAAAGAAAAGAAAUUGAGAUUUGUAGUGAGGUUGAUGGACUUAGAAUCUGCCAUACAGAGUGAAGUAAAUCAGAAAGAGAAAAACAAAUACUGAAUGCUAACACAUAUAUAU